CAGACUGGUGGGAAGGCACAAUUGGGCUCAUGUGUACCUGGCUUAUUGGGUAAUCUGGGCCUGUGUGUUGGUCCUGGAAAGACUACCUGUGGAAGGUGAGGUUUGAGAUGGGUUUGAAGGCGGUAGAGGAUGUACUUAGGCAGGGACAAGUAAGGAGACAUUCUUGAUUGGGAAAGGGAGAAUUUAGAGUUGGCAUUUGCCGCGAAGACUCAGACAGUCAACAGAGCAAACCGAGAAGCACUAGAAGUCAUUUUGAAUUUUGAGAAUGAGAGUAGAAUGAUCUGAAAACAAAACAAACCACUGCUCCAGGUAGCAUUCGCCACAUAUUGGGAACACAAAGAAUGCCUCUGUCUUUAAUCUUGUUUUGCACAGCCUUGCAGAAAAGAUUGUUUAACACACUCUUUAUGUUUUGUCUUCUGGGGGAACCUUACCAGGAAACUUACGAUCAUCUUUUGGAAGUCCCAGUCACUCGGGAGCAACUAAACCACUAUCGGAAUGUGGCUGAAAAUGCUCAAAGUGAACUUGCAGCAACUUUGGUCAAAUUUAAAUGUGCUCAGUCUGAGCUUCGAGACCUCCGGUCCAAGAUGCUUUCUAAAGAAGUUUCCUGUCAAGAGUUGAAAGCUGAAAUGGAGAGCUAUAAAGAAAACAACGCCAGAAAAUCAUCUCUCCUCACUUCCUUGAGAGACAGAGUUCAGGAGCUAGAAGAAGAAUCAGUAGCACUUUCUUCUUCUAAAAUUAGAACAGAAAUCACAGCUCACUCUGCCAUCAAGGAGAACCAGGGGUUAAAGAAGAAAGUUAUAGACUUAGAAGAAAAAUUGCAAAAGUGUUUAAAGGAGAACGAGGAGAAUAAGAAUGAAGUCUCAAAGAAUUGCAGAAAACAGGAGAAAUUUCUAUCUCAACUUCACGACUGCCUGGAUCUGGAUAAAAAGGAUGAAAAAGCAUCAGAUGAAGAUUUGAUUUUAAAGCUUCGAGAGCUGUGCAAGGAAAAUUCCUCUGUGAAAGGACAAAUUGUUACUCUUGAAGAGAACAUAAAUGUCCAUGAGAUGGAGGCAAAGGCUAGCAGAGAGACGAUCAUGAGGCUGGCUGAAGAAGUAAACAGACAGCAGGAGAAAGCUGCCUCGUGUCUUGAAGAGAAAGACAAGCUGAACCAGGACUUGCUCAGGGCUAUAGAAGCAAAAGAAGCUCUUGAAAAGGAAGUUAAGAUAUUUCAAGAAAGGCUGCUUGCUGGCCAGCAGGUCUGGGAUGCCUUGAAGCAGGAGCUGAGCCACCUGAAGAAAAGCUCUUAUGAGCUGGAGAAGAGUUUGAAGGCCAGUCAGAACGAAGUCGCAGCCUCACAAAGCCAGUACUCCUCAUUUAGGCAGAAAAUCGCAGCCCUCCUUAAGGGCAGCUGGGGCAUGACUGGGGCCACAGAGGACGCCAUUUUGGAGAGGAUUUGCAAAAUGGGGAGCCAGGAGGAGAGCAGGAAAAGGAUGGUCUCCCAGCUUGAAGCCCAAAUAUCUAAGCUUGUUGAACAGUUGGGGAAUGAGACUGAGCUGCACCAGAAAGCUCUACAGAGGGCCCAGAAAGCGGAGAACAAGUUGGAGACUCUUCAGGCUCAAGUGACACACCUGGAGGGGGAGCUGGUUUCUGGAGAUUUUUUGCGAGACAACUUGAAUUUUGAGAAACAAAAAUAUCUUAAAUUUCUGGAUCAGCUGUCAGAGAAAAUGAAGUUGGACCAGAUGGCUGCUGAACUUGGCUUUGACAUGCGUCUGGAUGUAGUUUUAGCUCGCACAGAGCAGCUGGUCCGCCUUGAGAGCCACGCAGUCGUUGAAAACAAGACGAUUGCCCACAAUUUACAGAGAAAGCUAAAGACUCAGAAAGAACGGCUGGAGAGCAAAGAACUGCACAUGAGCCUCCUCCGGCAGAAAAUAGCCCAGCUGCAGGGGGAGAAGCAGGCGCGCACGGCCUUGGCAGUGGAGAGGGAUGAGGCCACUCUCGCCGGCAGGAAGUUGGAGAAGAAGGUGGAGAGGCUGCAGAAGGAGCUGAGUGCGUGUCGAGAAUCGAACACCGAGCUCAAAGCCAAGCUUGCUGACACCAAUGAACUUAAGAUUAAAACCUUGGAACAGACCAAAACCAUUGAAGACCUAAAUAAAUCCAGAGACCAAUUGGAAAAGAUGAAGGAGAAGGCUGAGAAAAAGCUCAUGUCAGUCAAGUCAGAGCUUGACACCACAAAACACGAGGCGGAGGAGCAUGAAGAGAGGGCCAGGAACAUGACAGAAGUGGUAACCAGUGAAAUGAAGACCCUAAAAAAAUCUCUGGAAGAGGCAGAAAAGAGAGAAAAGCAGCUGGUGGACUUCAGGCAAGUAAUUUCCCAGAUGCUGGGCUUGAAUGUGACCAGUCUUGCGCUUCCUGAUUAUGAAAUCAUCAAGUGCCUUGAAAGACUGAUCCACUCACAUCAGCACCACUUUGUCACCUGCGCCUGCCUCAAAGAUGUGACCACCGGGAGAGACAGGCACCCGCAAGACCUCUUAAAACCUCUUCAAUGAACACCACAUCUCUUGAGGGAGGUG